ACCGGAACACGCUGGGGCAUUGUGGGUGUCAUGACGUAAGCGAUCACGGGAUUUAGCGCCAUAUUGAGGGUGUUUGGGGGUUGACUGAUGCUGGAACGAAUAGAAACGUCUACUUUAAAAGCGUAAGAUCUCCAACUCUAAAACAACGAUAUGGCAUCUAGGAAGAAGGUGCUUCUAAAAGUGAUCAUACUUGGCGACAGUGGCGUUGGGAAAACAUCACUCAUGAACCAGUAUGUCAACAAGAAGUUCAGUAACCAAUACAAGGCUACAAUCGGAGCUGAUUUCCUCACAAAAGAAGUCAUGGUGGAUGAUCGACUAGUCACGAUGCAGAUAUGGGAUACCGCUGGUCAGGAGCGGUUUCAGAGUCUGGGUGUGGCAUUUUAUCGUGGGGCUGACUGCUGCGUACUUGUCUUUGACGUUACCAUGCCAAACACCUUCCGCUCCCUUGACAGCUGGCGUGAUGAGUUUCUUAUCCAGGCAAGCCCACGUGAUCCCGAAAACUUUCCUUUUGUUGUCAUAGGCAACAAGAUUGACCUGGAAAACAGAGCUGUCACGGCUAAACGAGCACAGGGCUGGUGCAGCAGCAAGGGUGAGAUCCCGUACUUUGAGACCAGCGCCAAGGAGGCCAUCAAUGUUGAGCAAGCGUUCCAGACAGUGGCCAAGAAUGCCCUGGCACAAGAAACUGAGGUGGAGUUGUACAAUGAGUUUCCAGACCAGAUUAAACUCUCAAACGAUCAAACCAACAAACGCGAAGGAUGUGCAUGCUAGUUAGAUACAAAGAAAGGGCCACAGCAAGGGAUAUGGGGUGUGAUUGUGACCAGGGACUUUAUACAGUAAUAAUUUUGGGAGAAAGUGUUGGCAGUGGUCAUAGGAGAGUAAUAGUGCUCAUUUUCAUGGUUAAGAAUAUUUAGGAUGGUCAGAUUUUACAUGCAGAGGGAGACCAGAUUGUGAGUAGUUGGCUGGGGAGACCAAAAAAAAAAAAUUUGAGGCCAACCCAAACAUCAUAAAAUAUUCUGGAGCAUGAUAUGAAAAUUGAGAAAUAGUGAAUUACCAUGACUGGUAGCAAUAUUGCAGUUCUGAAUGGUUGUCACAGGUAUCAUCUAACCAGCAGGACCUGUCCUUGGGUGAGGGUGGGUGGAAAAUUGGUUAAAGUAAGGGGUAUCAAACAAGCUGAUAGGGUCUGGGAGUUGGGUGGGUCGUUGAGUGAAUGUACAGAAAAAUGUUGAAAUCGACAAGCGGCGAAGUUAAUGUGAUGUCAUUGUACAUAUAAAUAUGUAUUUCCUUGUAUGUACUACCCCAGUUGUCUCAUCUGCUUUUGCUUCAAACUUUUGGCUACAUUCUGAAAUAAAGAAGAGCGUAGGGCACCAUCGAUAUGGGAUUUAUCUGAUCCAGUUUAUGCAGGCAUGCUGCAGUAAAAAUGUGUCUGUGUGUGUGCAUGCAUGUGCGUGUACAUUUAUAUUGCUAUAUCAGUGUUCAGUCAUCUUCCCCUCCAAAAAAAAUCUUCCUUUUCAGUUAUGAUUUGCAGUUUCUGUUUAAGCAUCUGAGUCUAAGCAGCAAGUGUAGAAAUUGUCUAUUUUUGUAGGCUACAUUUUUGUCCCUCUCCUUCAACUCUUGUGAAAGCAAAUAUGUGAACAAGCAUGCCAAAGCAGCUGGAGUGGAUGGUGCAAUUGCAAACAGGCUUUGCAAGCAGUGGCAUAGCUGUUAGCACAGUUUAUUGUAAUACGCAACAGAAGGCCCUGUUAUAUAUUAGUAGUCCAAAAUGCUUGUUGUGUUGCAGUGUCUUUUUUUUUUAAAAACCAGUUUCAGACCAUUCCAGCCUAUCUGGACACCUAUAUGAUUGAUUUUGAUACUAAAAGGUUUUUUAUCCAUAAUUGUUUUCUUAAACACCGGCUUUUAAAAAAUAUGUAGCAGAAAAUUAAAAAAUGAAAGUAUAUCUCUUUCCGCCCCCUCCACCCUGAAUGAAUUACAUUCUUUGGUUUAAUAUAAUGAGCUCAGGUUUUAUUCAGUACUCCACAGCUGAUGAAUAUCUAAGGCUGUUUGCUGACUGAAGAUGUAGAUAGCCAUGUUCCAUUCCCUUGGUGGGGGAGGGGUGCAUGCAGAAGAGGGUAAAGUGAAUGACAGCAGAGGUGAUGUGCAAUACCAACAUCUAUUUUCCCUUUCUGUACCUACAUUUCUGACAGUUUUUCCUUUCCAUUUUUGUGCUACUAAUAAAAUCAUCCUUGUGUAAUAGUGACUGCUGCUGUAUAAGAAAAAUUAUUUUCUUUCCUUUGUUCAAAACCUAUUUGAGAUAAAAAAUGGAAGAUGCUGUAAUUAGAUGCAAUUGUAAAGAGUGCACCAUGUAAUUAUUCCAGCUGAAGGAAUGGAUUGAUGUGUUGAUGUUCUUUCUUCCACAUCAAAAAGAUAUUUUAAACUUAUAGAUGCCUAUGUUCUUUGUGCAAGCUUUUUUUUGUGGAUGCUCUUUUGAAUGGUUUUUCUGUCAUGUAAAAAAAAAAUUGAGAUAGAAAUAAAAAUCACAUCAAUACAAUG